AUGUCAGGAUACAACAAGAACCAGGAACAGUUUGUCUAUGAUGCCGCAGCCCAGAGACCGAAUCAGGCUUCGAGCUACGGGGGCCUCGCACAGCCUCCCUUCGCCUUGCAAUACACCGAGGCGUCCGCGCAGCUGUCCCAUGAGCAGUCCGGCGCAGAAGUCCCCUAUACUCCCACUUCGACGUACGAGUCACGCGGCGAAAGCAGCUACCCAACCGAUUCCUCUUUUAUGGAUGCAAGAUCUCGUCAUCCCGCCUCUACUAUUAUUGCAUCCCCACCCGAAGUAACCAAUGCCAUUCAUCCAUCGUCAGGCACAGCCGGAACCAACGUUCUACUACACCUUCGAGCCAACUACGAUAUCGCAAAAGAGACUCUUUUUGCCUUUAUGUUCGGGCCCAAGCGGUGCGAGGCCGCUAUACACAAGGUCGAUGGGGUGGACGACUACUACAACUACGCCUUGAGCGUCCAAGUCCCCCCCUUCCCUUUGACGAAUGCCUGGAAUCCUACCAUGAUGCUCAAACUGCGGAUGGAGGAUGGGCAUUCACAGCUCAUUCACGAAAUCGAGGCCGGGAAAUUCACCUACACCGACAUGUCCGGUAGCCUGUUUCAACCCCUUCCAGGCAUGUCGAAAAAGAGAAGAUACUCGACAGAGUUCGAAGACACCGAGGGAUAUACGGACCAACAAGGGAAACGCCAGUCCACCUCGCGCCUGCACACCAAACCGCGGAAUAUGUCAGUCGCCUCCUAUUCCACAGCCUCCUUGUCUCCGUUGGUUGGACAGUCGUCCCUUUCCGCGUAUGGGUACUCGGGCAGCUACGAUCUGCCCAAGCAGCAAAGCUAUACCCCUCAAUUGUCACAGAAGAGUCUAUAUGCGGUCCCUUCAGGCCUUGGUCUGCCACAGGCGGAUAUGAAGCGCCCUCAGAUGUCGCCCAACCUGUCGUCCUAUGGCCAGUAUGCGUCCAUCGCUCAGGGAAGUCCGGCGUCGGUCGCUUCCACCCCCGCAGGAGCUACGGUAAUGCCGUCUCCUUCGGGCAUGGGAAAUCCUGUGCUGGUCCGGGCCUCCUCCCUUGCGCAAUCGAACAGUAGUUCGACCGGGGCGUCGUUCAACCCGUAUCUCAUGUAUCCCAGGAAGGCGGUUCUCAAUAUCGAAGGGGAUUUGAACAGUAUGACGGAGAAUUGGACUCGCGAGGAGUUUGAGGCCAAACGAAGGCUAGUUCAGUUUGAGCGCUCGCAGGCAGGGAGCACGAUAACGACCAGCUUCGCGCCCGUCACGCUCGAGACUCGUCCUCCGCGCAGCAUCUGUGUGAGCUGCAUACUCUGGGAAGAGAAGGGGGAAUGCUUCAUCACCAGCGUCGAUACCAUAUUCUUGUUGGAGCAACUGGUCAACGUCCGAUUUACAGUGGAGGAGAAGAACCGCAUCCGCCGUAACCUGGAAGGCUUUCGUCCUCUCACGGUAUCCAAGGCGAAACCCGACAGCGAGGAGUUCUUCAAGGUCAUCAUGGGCUUUCCGGCUCCGAAACCACGCAACAUCGAGAAGGACGUGAAAGUGUUCCCCUGGAAAGUGCUGUCGCACGCUCUUAAGAAAAUCAUUGGUAAAUAUUCGGCCAGCUACUCUUCCACGGCUGGCGCAGGGUCGCUGCCACCGCCAAAGCUGCCUUCAACAUAUGGGGGCGUCGCUGCCUAUCGAGGGCAACCCUCACCGCACACGGGACUGCCGUCAGCUGCGACGGCUGCCUACAUGUCGAGCAUGACCUCGACGACGACGUCACCGAACCUGAGGGCAUCAGCAGGCCUGGCGGGUCAGCGAGACACAACAGGACAGGGCAUACAGGCCAUGACCCAGUCCUCGUGGGGGGCGCAGACGCAACAACAACAGCUCUCCCAGUAUUCCGAUGGCCUUUCCACGGCAGGACGGGGAAGUUCGUGGGACUACGGCUCGUUCCUCAACACAUCGCCUGCGACCACUGCAGCCGGUGUUCCCUCGACCGCCCAAGCACUGCAAAUGCAACGCGCCGACCUGACCCAUGCCCUUGGUCAUCUCCCUGCCGAGGAUCCAUAUCAGCAAUACAACGCCGACCGUAGUUCGCGGGAUUGA